AUGACUAGAAAUAUAGCGUUGAAAUGUAGAGGAGAGACAAAAGUGGGCAACGGUUCCGACAAACUCAUAAGAUUCUGUAUAUCAAAAGUCAUUGGAGAGCAGAUGUAUGUGCCGUUAGUGAGAGAAAAAAGUACUGUACAUAUAAGUGGCGUAACUAAGCCUUCGGAGAAUAUCAGUCCCACUAAAGAAUCGCCAAAAGCGAGUCACAAACAAGUGGUGCCGACUUUCUUCCAGCGCCCCGUAAUAUAUCGGUUGUACUCAUCC